AUGCUCCUUCACCGAGUAAUUUCACGUGCUCUGAUAUGUAAUGCACGUUGUUCAUCAACACAUUUUGGAUUUGAAAAGGUACCAGAGGAAGAAAAAGCUAAUCGAGGUCAGUUUCCUUUGUUUUUCUUCGAAUUUUAGGCAAAAACUGAUGUUUGAAUGUUCUUUUGGCUAAAAAUCGCCGUGUCCAAGGGAUUUUUGAUUGAAUUUUGGUAUCAUAUGAUAGUUAAGAUUUCUUUUAUGGUGUUGUUUUAGUUCACACUGUGUUUGUGAAUGUGGCAGAGAAGUAUGAUCUGAUGAACGAUGCGAUGAGCGUUGGAAUCCAUCGACUUUGGAAAGAUUACUUUGUGAAUCAACUAGAUGUUCGAAAAGACUGGAGGGUGGUUGAUGUAGCUGGGGGAACAGGCGAUAUUGCUUUUAGAAUUGCAAGAAAAAUGGCCGCGACACCUGGAAGCAAAGGGGAUAUUGUUGUAUGCGAUAUUAAUCAGGUAAGUCUAUUUUGAGUUUGAAGUGGGUAAUAUAGGGAGUUUUUUGGAGAUUUUUGAAUCAGGUUGUUUGGAAAAUUGUAAAAUACGUUUUUAGAGACGUUUGUUUAAGCAACUAUACUAUAUUGUACAUUAUAAAUUACAGAAAAUGCUUGACGUUGGUCAAUUCCGAGCAGAAAAAGACAAAACCUUGCCAAACAAGUUCUCCUGGGUUUGUGGAGAUGCAGAAAAGUUACAAUUUGAAGACAAUUUUUUUGAUCUUUACACGAUUGCUUUUGGAAUUAGGAAUGUAACACAUGUGGACAAGGCAUUAGAAGAAGCGUAUCGAGUUCUGAAGCCAGGAGGACGGUUCUUUUGUCUAGAAUUCAGUAAAGUUCAUGCUCCAUUGAGACCAUUUUAUGACUUGUACAGUUUUAAUGUGAUUCCAAGGAUGGGACAGCUAUUGGCUAAUGACUAUGACAGCUACAAGUAUUUGGUUGAGAGUAUUAGGAUGUUUCCGGAUCAGGUUGGUUUGUGAUUCAUUAAGAUUUUUAUUGUUUUAGGUAAUAAUACGUAGAUCUCGAAUUUGAGCUCGAAGUAUAAGAUGGAAAAUCAAAAGGGCUUAUGAUAUUAUAGUAGUUUAGGCGACAAUAUAUGAUUUUCUAUGGCGUUAAAGGUAACUUAAUGAUUUUUUUUCAGGAAAAGUUCAGUGAAAUGAUACGAACAGCCGGCUUCAAAGAUAUUACCUACCAAAACUUGUCGUUCGGAGUAUGUGCCAUUCAUUCCGGGCGAAAGUAG